AUACAGUAUACUAGUAGAAAAUACAACAGAAAACGUUGAUCGGGAUAUUCAAAGUGAUGGCGUCGCUUUCACCAGUAUCGCUAUCAACGUCUUCAUCGGAGACCUCAAUCGUCCCGUCAAUUUAUCGGAAACUUUCUGUAUUACCUACCGUUGUUGUUCGUUCUUUUCCGAGCCAUACGAUAAAGAAAUCCAGAACACAAAUAGACUAUGUGGCAUAUGUUCAACCUCAUGAUGUCAACAGACCACGAUCUUCCAUAAGGUCGACCUCUUUUAAUGUUGAAGGAACUGGAAGCACUACUUCACUUGAUGAAGAAGUUAUAAUUGACACUUCUGGGACGGAGGCUUCCAUAAAGUUGCCUUUGCCUUUGUUUGAGACUCAAUCAUCCAGUAGUGGUGCACCAACUGAUGAUUCAGCCUCUCUUAGCAUUGCUGUUAUUGGGGCCACUGGUGUACUAGCCAGAAAGAAAAUCUUUCCAGCAUUAUUUGCUUUGUAUUACAGUGGUCAACUUCCAGAGAAAAUUGGUAUAUUUGGGUACUCACGGAAAAAAUUAACUGAAGAAGAUCUAAGAGCCAUAAUAGCACCAACUUUAAGUUGCCGCAUUGAUCACCAAGAUAACUGUGAAGAAAAAAUGGAUGCAUUUCUCAAAAGGAUAUUCUAUCUUUAUGGAGGGUAUGACAACCGAGAAGGAAUGUCAAAGCUCAAUACUCUCAUGGAAGAAGUUGAGGGAAAGUUUGGAGCAAACAGAAUAUUUUACCUUUCUGUGCCUCAAGUAGCACUUAUCGACGUAGCAUCCUCUCUUGCUGAAAAGGCCCAAACCCAGAGGGGUUGGAAUCGUGUAAUAAUUGAAAAACCCUUUGGUCUGGGUUCAUUUUCUUCUCAUCAGUUGACUACCUCCCUUCUCUCAAACUUUGAGGAAAAGCAAUUAUACAGGAUAGAUCAUCUUUUGGGAAGGAACACAAUUGAGAAUCUUGCGGUUCUAAGGUUCUCUAAUCUAGUAUUUAUGCCAUUAUGGAAUCGAAGUUACAUACACAACAUACAGGUCACUUUUUCUGAAGAGUUAGGCAUGCAGACCUCAGCAAGAUAUCCUAAAGGCUAUGGGAUUUUAGGAGAUGUUGUACACAGCCACAUCUUCCAGACAGUGGCCUUGCUUGCUAUGGAGCCGCCUGUCACCCUUGAUGGUGAAGAUGUUCGUUAUGAGAAAGUUAAGGUUUUGAAAUCAAUUCGAAAAUUGGGAUCAUCUGAUGUAAUUCUUGGGCAUAGCGAAGCUGAUUCUGGAAGUAACUUCAAGGAUAUGGAAAAUCUAAUGCCCACAUAUUUUGGUGCUGUUUUACACAUUGAUAAUGCACGGUGGGACGGUGUGCCUUUUCUUAUUAAGGCUGGCAGGGGGCUCAAAAAGAACAGAGUUGAAAUUCGUAUACAAUUUCGUCGUGUUCCUGGAAACAUUUAUCAUAAAGAUGGAGGAGGGCAUAUGCAAGAUCUUGUCACUAAUGAGCUGAUUCUGCGUGAUGUGCCUGAUGAGGCCAUACUCAUCAGAAUUAAUAAUAAAAUUCCAGGAUUAGGCAUGAACUUGGAGGCUUCGGAAUUGAACUUGCUUUAUAAAGACAAGUACAAUGUUGAUGUAACGGACUCGUAUGAACAACUUCUUCAUGAUGUAAUAGAUGGAGAUAACCAUCUAUUCAUGAGAAGCGAUGAGGUUGAAGCUGCAUGGAACAUUUUAUCUCCAGUUUUAAGUGAGUUGGACAAUAAUAAUGCGACACUUGAGCAUUACGAGUUUGGUAGCAAGGGUCCAGAUAAAGCCGGUAAUCUCUGGGCUAAACAUGGGGUCAAGUGGUUGGAUGAUUAGUGAAUUUCCUAUUAGGCCAUUACUCACAGUUAUACAUCAUACAAACACUGAAAUUCCUAAAGAAGGAAUUAUUAGAAAUCCACUCUCCAUACUUGGUCUUCAUGAUCAUUGAUUGAGAUGGAAUCAUUGUGAAAAAAUUUGCACACCUGUUCCA